AUGACUAACCCCUGGCAUCUACACAACAGAGCUUUGUUCGUAAAGAAUCUAAGCUACAACGUAACUCCGGAGGAGCUCUUCGACCUCUUUGGAAAGUACGGACCUAUCCGUCAAGUUCGCCAGGGCAUUGCGAGCAACACAAAGGGCACUGCCUUCGUUGUCUAUGAGGACGUAAUGGAUGCGAAGCAGGCGUGCGACAAGUUGAAUGGUUACAACUUUCAGAACCGCUACCUCGUUGUACUAUACCAUCAGCCCGACAAGAUGAACAAGACAAAAGAGGACCUCGAUGCCCGCAAGGAGAAUCUAGAACGCAUCAAGAGGCAACACGGGAUCGAUUGA